AUGACGUCGGAAGCUUCAUCCACGGCACAGGAGGUGACUAGAAGCACUGGAACAAUUCCAAAGAAGGUUCAAGGAGCUCUGUCCAUGUCAUGCAUCGGUGUUUCCUGCUUGUUUCCCGGAUCUACUGCUGGAAUGCUACAAUGUAACAGGUGCGCUAUUUGGUUUCAUUUAAGAUGUGUCAACGCUUCGGACGACGCUAUCAAGCGAGCCUGGACGUGCAAGACUUGUUCCAAACUCGUCUUCAAAAUUCCUGGUAACCAACCUACUCCGAGGAACGUAUCAUCUAGCCUUUGUCAAGUCUGCGGCGGCCCAGAAACAAACGAAAUGGUGCAGUGCGACUUUUGUGAUUUGUGGCACCACUUCCAAUGCGUGGGUGUCACGGAAGAUAUCGCUGACAUCAGUUGGAAAUGUGCCAAUUGCGAAGCUGCAAACAUUACCGAACACAUCGUAAGUACAACAAGCGAGACCCAUGUACCACGAUCGCAUCCUCAGUUAGAAGACAGGCUUUCAUUGUUAUCAGUUAGCAAUAGGAAUAGUACCAUAGAUCCAACACUUUUCACGGUUCCCUCAACCAACACAAUCGUUAGUACUAUGCCUUCGCUUAUAGCCACCCCCGCUACCUCCUUAGCCCUUACGUAUACCCUGGCUCCGUAUGCAAAUAUUUUUUCACUCAACGCUCCAUCUAGCAAUGUCUAUACAGUGAGUUCUUCGCUUCCGCCAAAGAUCGCAGUUUCAAAUAAACCAGUUUACACUACUGCUGCAACCGACAAGUUUUGUGUUAUGCCGUCAAGCGAUCAUCAAAGUUACCAGAAUUUAGGGUCUUUAGAUCAAUCGAAACAGCAGCACGUUCCAAGUCUUUCGCGGCCUGUGGGAAAGGAGUACAUCCAUUUGGAGUUGCAGAGACUGGAAGAAGAACAGCGUCUUCAUGAAGAAGAGUACACAAGGAAGAAGGAGUUGCUUCGAAGGCGUUACAAUUUGAUGCAAGAAAUGGCUUACGAUUCUGAGUCUGCUGAUCCAUACACAAAGAUGGAAGAACGCCAACUACCUCCAUCUAUGUUUCAGCGUUCAAAACAAAAUUUACCGCAGGAACAUCAACUUCAUUAUCCGAAAACCGCAGAGAGACAUGUCAUGCCAGAUCAACCAACCAUAAUUAAUCAUCCGGCACAGUUGCAUCCGAGGAUUUCUCAGCAGCCUUUCGAGAGACGACAUCAACGGAGGAUUCCAGAUGACACAUAUGUCGACUUCGCUGCAGCUGAUGGACGAAUCCAACAGGAUGUUGCAAGACUACCCAUGUAUUCAGCUCAGGGUCAACUUACUCCUAGACACCGCUCAACGCCGCAAUACCGUGCAUUUCGGUCUACGCCUGGAAACGCUCACGAAGAAGUUUAUCUUGAAGGUGACCUUACCAAUAGUCAGGUAGCUGCCCGGAAAGCUGUGUCUCAAGAACUACCUGUCUUCAGUGGUGUUCCGGAAGAAUGGCCGUUAUUUUAUGCAACAUACAACACUACAUCCAGUAUGUGCCGAUUCACGUCUGAAGAAAAUUUGAUUCGACUCCAGAAGUGUCUCCGGGGUAAAGCAUACGAAGCGGUUAAGUGUAUGCUAAUGAGUCCAUCCAACGUAGGCGGUAUCAUCUCAACUUUGAAGAUGUUAUUUGGAGAUCCUGAAAUCAUCGUGAAUAAUCUGAUUUCUAGGAUCCGAACAACCCCUUCUCCUCAUGCUGAUCGUUUGGAAACCAUGGUUGAGUUUGCACUUUCUGUGAAAAACUUGUGCGCUACUAUCGACGCAUGCAAGCUGAACGAGUACACAUAUAACGUUGCAUUGCUUCGCGAAUUAGUAGAAAAACUACCAAUACAAUACCAGGUUGAUUGGGUCAGGUACCGAAGAUCGAUUGCUGAUGUUAGACUUACCACAUUCUGCGACUGGUUGUAUGAUUUUGCAGAAACCAUUUCGCCAAUAGCUUCCUUUGCCAACGCCAAUCCAAAAUUAUCAAAAAACGCGAAAAGGGGGCCAGCUUAUUUGAAUAUGCAUACCGAAAUUGACGAUGACCAGUUAUUAGAAUCUCGGGAGUAUAACGCUCAAUUUUACCAAGUAAGAGAACCUAAAGGGAAGCCAAAGCAACAUUUUCAGUCAACGGUUGAGGUGGAUCGAUUCUGCAAAAUUUGCAAAGGAAACUGCACAUCAUUGGAAAAAUGUAAGCGUUUUUGUGAAUUCAGCUACAAGGGUCGCUGGGCUGCGGUUAAUGAAUUCGGCCUCUGCAAGAGAUGUCUAGGAAGGCAUUUUAGAACAGCAUGCAAAUCCCAAAUAAUAUGUGGUCAAAAUGGAUGCUCUUACAAACAUCAUCCCCUACUUCAUAAAUUUCAAAAUGUAGAUUCCGUAGUUAAAGAAGAUGAUCCUGUUGUAUCUGCUGACUGCAACAUCCAUUACAAGAGGUCGAAUCAUGUUUUAUUCCGCGUGGUUCCCGUUUUCCUGUAUGGACCCUGUAAAACGAUCAAGACCUUCGCUUUCUUAGAUGACGGUUCAUCAGUAACGUUGAUGGAAAGCACAUUAGCUGCAGAAUUAGGUGUGACUGGAAAAACUGAGCCGCUGUGUCUGCGUUGGACGAGCAACAAAACUCUUCAUGAGUUAGAUUCCGAAAACGUUACAUUCGACAUUUCCGGAACCACGUCAGGUCUUAAAAGGUAUCGACUUCCCGAAGUGCAUACCGUUGCCAAUCUAGGUUUAUUCCACCAAUCACUGAACUUGCAAGAUUUGUCCAAACAAUAUAGCCAUCUACGAGGGAUACCGGUGGAAUCGUACCACAACGUCCAACCACGUAUACUGAUCGGGAGCAAUAAUGCGAACCUCGGGUAUGUUUUAAGAGGCCGCGAGGGCAAGAUGCACGAGCCAGUCGCGACUAGGACUCGUUUAGGGUGGAUUGUAUACGGAGGAGGCGAAACGAAUAAUCACAAUUUCUCUGGUUACCACGGUGUGCAUAUGUGCCAGUGCAUAGGCAAUCAAAAUGACAUGCUUCUUCAGGCCAUGCGCGAUUAUUUUUCUAUAGACGGAUUGGGAAUCACAAAGUCAACAACCCUGAUUGAAUCAAACGAUGACCGUAGAGCCCGAGAGAUUUUAAAGAGCUUCAAACGAAGAGAUGAUGGACGUUUUGAAGGCCGAUUGCUUUGGAAGUACGAUAAAUUUAGACUACCAAACAGUAAAACACAUGCACUGCGCCGAUACGAAUGCCUGGAAAUUAGAAUGAAGAAAGACGCCUCACUCGCAAAUGUACUACGUGAGAAAAUUCAAGACUAUGUUUCAAAGGGUUACAUACGGAAGCUCAACGCAGACGAAAUUGAAAGAGAUGAUCAACGAGUGUGGUACCUCCCAAUCUUCCCAGUAGUUAACAUCAACAAACCGAACAAAAUCCGUAUCGUGUGGGACGCAGCAGCUAAGAGUCAUGGAACCGCUUUGAACUCCCUCCUCUUAAAAGGUCCAGACCAAAACACAUCACUUGUCGACGUUCUAAUCAGAUUUCGUCAGCAUCGAAUCGCAGUAUGUGGUGACAUUAGGGAAAUGUUCCACCAGGUAAUGGUGUCUAAAGAAGAUCAACAUUUUCAAAGAUUUCUUUGGAAGGAAAACCCUAGUGAUACCAGUCCCAGCACAUAUGUCAUGCAAGUUCUUACCUUCGGAGCAUGCUGUUCUCCGAGUAUUGCACAAUAUGUCAAGAACGUUAACGCCGGAGAGUUCGCAGGUCAAUAUCCCCUAGCAGCAGCAGCCAUAAUCGAAAACCAUUACGUGGAUGAUAUGCUGGUGAGUGUAGAAAGCGAACAGGAGGCUAUUCGAUUGGCAAAUGAAGUUCGUUUCGUUCAUGAACAAGCCGGGUUCGAAAUGCGGAAUUGGAUUUCCAACUCCACAGAGGUUUUGACCGCUUUGAAUCAACCGAACACUUUAAGCAAGAGUCUAAAUCUUGAUUCUGAGUUGACUACGGAGAAGGUUCUAGGCAUGUGGUGGUGUACUUCCACGGACAGUUUUACUUACCGUUUAUCAAAUAGGCACGACGACGAACUUCUUGCAGGCAACCGCAUUCCCACAAAGAGGGAAGUACUACGAACGCUCAUGUCUGUGUUUGACCCACUAGGAUUCCUAUCAAAUUUGCUAAUUCAUUUGAAGAUCAUUCUACAACAGACCUGGAGAACAUCGAUUGGGUGGGAUGAACAAAUCCCGAAGAACAUCUUUGAUCGUUGGCUGGAAUGGAUAGCGGUUUUACCUAGAGUCAAGGAAAUACGUAUUCCUAGGUGCUUCCGCGCUGAGGUCUCAUCGGGGUUAGAUACAAACGUCCAACUACAUACGUUCGUCGAUGCAAGUGAACUUGGAUAUGCAGCGGUAGUCUACCUACGUUUCAAGCAACACGACAAAACAGAAUGCGUCAUUGUAGCAGCUAAAUCUCGCGUAGCUCCACUUAAGUUUCUAUCGAUCCCGAGAAUGGAGCUUGAAGCUGCACUUAUAGGGGCAAGGCUAGCCAAUUCGAUAUGCAGAGCAUGGAAUUUGAGCAUCAAUCAGCGGUACUUUUGGAGCGACUCCAGGGAUGUGUUGUGUUGGAUAAGGUCAGAUCAUCGCCGCUACUCCAACUACGUCGGACACCGCGUCAGCGAAAUACUGGACUUAACCCUAAUGUCAGAAUGGAGGUGGAUACCAACAGAUGAAAAUGUUGCGGAUGAAGGUACCAAAUAUCAAAGGUCACCAGAGCUGAAAAAUGAUAGCCGCUGGCUGAAUGGCCCAGAAUUUUUGAAGGAAGACGAGCCAACGUGGCCGAUCGAGAGAGUAGUUACCAAGCCAACACAAGAAGAAUUGAAAGCAUCCAUUUACCAUCACAUACAUUUACACCAAGUGAAAGUAGAAUUAUUCGAAGCGAAACGUUUCAGAAGCUGGAACCACCUAAGACGAACAGCAGCAUGGGUUCGGAGAUACCUCAUCAACCGUAACAAUCAGGCACACAAUAAACCCAUCUUUCUUGGUCCUCUCACCGGUCAAGAAAUUCACAAAGCCGAAUUAGUUCUUUUCAAACAAUCACAGCUUGAAAAGUUCUCUGAAGAAAUUACAAUUUUGUCAGAUGGUAACGUUUCCCGAAAACUUAUACCAAAAUCAAGUUCCAUUUAUGAACUUUGGCCGUUUCUAGAUGAACAUAGGGUACUAAGAGCCAGAACGCGAAUCGGAGCAUGCAAAAUGGCUAGCAUGGAUGCCAAGCAUCCCAUAAUCCUUCCGAAAAUAAGUCCUAUUACCAACCUUAUAGUUCACCAUUACCACGUACGUUUUUAUCACCGCAACCAUCGCACCGUAUUGAACGAGCUAAGACAACGUUUUCGUAUAGUACCCCGACUCGCUAGCAUACUCUGGCAGGUACGAACAAACUGUCAAAUUUGUAAAAAUUUACGAGCCGUUCCACAACCGCCUCCGAUGAGCGAUCUCCCGAUAACUAGAUUGGCAGCAUUUUCCAGACCGUUCUCGUUUGUUGGUGUAGAUUACUUCGGUCCUAUUAAUGUCACUGUGAGGCGUAGUUCGGAAAAGCGUUGGGGUGUGCUAAUAACUUGUUUAACAGUACGGGCGAUCCAUAUUGAAAUAGCCUAUUCACUGUCUGCACAAUCCUGUAUUAUGGCUCUGAGGAAUUUUAUGGGGAGGAGAGGAGUUCCCAUUGAAAUAUUUAGUGAUCGUGGUACCAACAUGAUAGGUGCAAGUAAGGAGCUUUUAACAGCUCUUAAUUCAAUGGAUCAGAAUUUAGUCAUCCAGGAAAUAUCGAGCCCGAAUACAACAUGGUCAUUCAUUCCUCCCGCUUCGCCACAUAUGGGUGGAUCAUGGGAGAGAAUGAUCCAAUCUGUGAAAAGGAAUCUUAAUCAGAUAAAGCCACGUCAUCAGCUUUCAGAUGAAGUUCUCAAAAACCUUUUGAUUGAGAUCGAAAAUGUUGUCAACUCCAGACCACUGACUAAUUUGCCAUUAGAGAACGAUAGUUCGCCAGUUUUGACUCCUAAUCACUUUCUUCUGGGAUCAUCAAACGGGUUGAAGCCUGCAACUUCUUUCGACGAUAGCAACCAGGCUCUUAGAAAUACUUGGCAAACAUCUCAAAUCGAGGCGAACGUUUUCUGGAAACGCUGGAUUCGAGAUUAUCUACCGGACCUCACCAAAAGAACGAAAUGGAUAGAUCCGAGCAAAUCGAUCAGAGUGGAUGAUGUGGUCCUUGUCAUUGACCCCAACCUACCACGCAACUGCUGGCCUCUUGGCAGAGUGAUUUCGGCUACUCCUGGUAAAGACGGUGAAGUACGAGAAGCAGUAGUCCAAACUGCAAACGGAAUUUAUGAGCGACCGGCUGUAAAGCUCGCAGUACUUGAUGUUCGACGCGAUGUAGUGGUAAACCAGCAACUGGUUUACGGGGGGGAAUGUCACGGCGCGCCUCCAUCAAAAUAA